GGACAAUUGAGAUUUCAUCACACUAAUCUUCAUCACCCCACCAUUCCACGAAAUUCCUCUCAAGAUGUCUUCUGCAAUUUUCCGCUCGUCUCCUCCUUUGAUCCAAAUCGUUUCCCGACAGCCAUUGACGGCUAUUUCCUGCCGAUCCAUUUCCAUCCUAUCCCGCCCUCUGACCUCCGGUUCCACUCCUAAUGAGCGAACUACACAAGUUUUGCAGCAGAGGAAAAACAUGUCCUCUUCAACGGCCACGCUAGCUCCACCUCACAAUCAAUCGAUAUUUGGUGCACCUCCCGGUCAUGGCCCUCACGGCGGAUUUUUUAGGAAGGAGAGCCUUCCCGCAAACACUAUUAUCCGGUGGGCAUCCUCAUCUUCGGUUUUCACACUCAAAACUUGCUGACAGGGCAGCAAGGUUUGUCCCACAGCAGACAGCAUGGAUCGUGGAACGGAUGGGGAAGUUCCAUCGGAUUCUCGAACCCGGGCUGGCUAUAUUGUGGCCAAUUAUUGAUAAAAUCAAGUACGUCAAAAGCUUGAAGGAAGCUGCUAUCGAGAUCCCAAGCCAAAGCGCUAUUACCGCCGAUAACGUCACACUCGAGAUGGAUGUGAGUAUGAAUUUUGGUGAGCGUCUUUCUGGGCUAAUAAGAGAAAAAUGUAGGGUGUGUUAUAUAUUCGGGUAUUCGACGCCUACAAAGCUAGGUGAGUUUUAAUUUCACUAUCCUGAUUUCCAUGGCUAAUGGUUUUCCUCUCUUUCUUCUUUCUUUCUUUCUUUCUUUUUAAAAAAAGCUACGGUGUUGAAGAUGCCGAAUUUGCUAUUUCACAACUCGCACAGACAACCAUGCGUUCAGAAAUCGGUCAACUUACUCUUGAUCAUGUCCUAAAGGAGCGUGCCGCCUUAAACGUUAAUAUUACCCAUGCGAUCAAUGAAGCAUCUGCCGAGUGGGGCCUUGUAUGCCUUCGUUAUGAGAUCAGGGAUAUUCACGCCCCAGAGCCUGUCCUCCAGGUAUUUGCCCCUUGGGGGGAUCGUCUACUUCUAAACUAACAGGCACCAGGCAAUGCACCGCAUGGUAUCAGCAGAGCGAAGCAAACGUGCCGAAAUCCUCGAAUCGGAGGGCCAGCGUCAGUCUGCUAUCAACGUAGCCGAGGGAAAGAAGCAGUCCGUCAUCUUGGCCUCUGAAGCCAAAAAGGCCGAGCAAAUAAAUUUUGCAGCUGGUGAAGCCCAAGCGAUCCUCGUGAAAGCCGAUGCCACAGCGCGCGGUAUCCAAGCCGUUGCUGAAGCCAUCAAGAAUAACAAAGAAGCUGCACAGGGGGCUGUCAGUCUGAGCGUUGCUGAGAAAUAUGUGGAAGCAUUUGGUAAGCUUGCAAAGGAGAGUAACACAGUUGUUGUGCCGGCUCAGCUUGGAGAUCUCGGUGGUAUGAUUGCUGGUGCUAUGGGAAUUUAUGGUAAGGUCGCCGAGACUCAAGCGAGUCAACAAAAAAUGCUUGGGGAGCGGCUAGAGGGGAUAAAGGCCGAUCGUGGGAAUAAGGUCAAGGAUAACGGGUCUCAGGGAACUCAUGUUGGAAAGGAGGUCCUGGACGCGUUCGAUAUAACUAGGAAUUGAUCCUUUGGUGGAAUACGGUAGCAAAGGGUGGGCGGUUUAGGGUGCGUAGACACUGAGCUGGUUGUACUAAUUUUCCUCCUUUCUUUAUUUGUUCGGGCUAGGAUAACAUCUCUAUUCUUCCUUUCUGGUACGAAAUUAAGCCUCUUUGGUGCAUUGAACAGGCGGAUGAUGAUGGUGAUAACGGGACAUGAUCCCGGUUCGGCCCUCUGCCUAAAGGCUACUUGUGAUAGUUACAAGAAAUAUCAAAUUUUAACUACCUGACAGUCCCCCCCCGAUAUUGCAAAAAUACUGGGUUAAACAAAAAAUAAAGCACAGCCAUACAUGUACGAUGCCAUCUCCAUAACACCUUCGCCUGCCCGUUGGCCUUUUCGAUCCCGCCGGCGGUGCGCGUACCUGAAAGAGUUCAGUGUGCGCAAUACCGACAACGACGUUUUCUACUCUCAAAGUCCACAGAUAGAAAAUGCCCAGCUCACUGACUGGGAGGAUGAACAUCAUACUCUACCUCUGGUAGUUACCAAGGUCUAUGAAGAUGGCCCCUUAGUUCUCGUCUUGUUGGAUUUUUUUCUUUCGGGUCUCUUUCGAAUUUCAAUGGGAUGCUAUCUGUUCAUCGUGACGCUGAUUUCGUGAAUAUAACAUUUACUGUGGGGGUGGGGGGGAGGAAUCCUGGUGCCGGGGAUCUCGCUGGAUGAGUAUUUCGUGGAAGUUUUUGUCGGCACGGCACCCGCGCUGGAGAGAGACAGAGUGUGUGAGCAUGAGCGUAGUGUGGUGGGGGCUGGGCUGAGUCGGGUUGUCCAGGCUCGAUCACAUACUUUCUGAUAUGCCGCGCCCGUAAUCUCCAUUUUAGCCGGUACUUUUCAAGAAACCGAAAUUUCCUUUAGGUAAUCAUAGUAUUAGUAUCGAAAAAGGAAGAAAUUUAGUAAUAUGCUCCAUUUGCCGUGUUUGGUCCGUAGGUGAUCGUCCGUUUGUAUUGUACUCGUACACAUGUUGCCGGAUUGAAAUCCCGUUUCCAUUCCGGGUAUAAGGACCCGUGGUAUGACAAUUGCUGACCUCCGGCUCGCUGCGUUUUGUAGGCGGCAAGCGAACAGGACCAACCACCAUUCCAGGACGUGGCAAUUAUUGAC